CCCUUUCUGGAUCUCUAAACAAUAUUCAACUGCCAGAAAUUUGAUGUCGUUGUUAGGUACUGUGGUCGAACAUUAAGGUUUUGUUGAUAGUAUGUUAUCUUUCUCUGUACACCAUAGAAGGUUAUUCUACUACUACAAUUAUUUAUAAUUAAGGUUUAAAAAUUUGUGUAGUGUAUUACAAGAUUUUUGUAAGUUCAGGAUUUUGUCACAAUGUCUAAAAAUGUGAUUUUGUAAGACUGUUACAGUUUUAAUUUUAUUGGUACGAUUUCAGUACUGAAUUAGACAGUGCUUGUAAUUUGGAGCAAAGAAUGUUAGAAAAAAUUCCAAUAAAUAUUGUAUGUGUGGUAAAGUAAUGUAAAUCUAUGUUUGAGUCUGAACUUAUUUUACACUUUGAACUGCAAUGCAUGUACAAGUAUAGACCUAGACACAAAAAUACAAUAUAGUUAUAGAAUAAGUAAGUAGCUGUAGUGUAAACAAAACGGUGCAAGCGAAACAUGACACAGAUGAUAAAACAGAGAAGAUUUGCUUGUCCCACUUCCCACCGUUGGUGAGGGGCCCCCUGCCCGUGUCUGCUCAGAUAUUUGCUUCUGCACAGAUUUCUUGAGAGCGGUUUAUCUAUAGAGUAAUCUCCCUUAUCAUGUUUGUAGUUUGAUGUAUUUAAUGUAAGUUUAACCAUAUAUUUUAGGCUUUGGCAUCUGAAGAAGAAGCAGACUGCAGAAAAAAAGUUCCAUUCUGUCAAAAAAUAGCCUUAGAUAUUUUACAUUACUUUGUGUAAGGAAAUCAAAAAUACCAUAUGAAAUGUUUCCACUGAACACAUAUUUACAUUAUUGACCUUAAUUUAGUAAAAAUCUUUUUAUGUUAACAAAUUCGCUACCAAAGGGCACAGUAGUGGUGUGUGGUGGUGACUGCGUAGUAGCUAAAGUGUUGAUCCAUGGCAAUGAUUUUGCUAAUUUAUGUACUUGUUUUAGCUGUUAAAUUUCUAAUGUUCUACUACAGCUAGAAGUAGUUGUAUCUUGUUUAUAGAAAGACAGUUUUGCUGGUAGAGAAUGUCAUCAAUUAUUGAUAAAUCAAAACAAGGUUUUUUUUAUUCUCACCAUCAUUAUGUCUUAAUGUACUAAUUGAGAUUUCCCUUUAGCAGAUUCAGAAUUUCAGGUCCAGAACGAGACUAAGUGACAGAGUGUGCUAUCAACAAGGUGUCUUCUUGGAAAGCAGAGAAAGUUUAGUCCUUCAUUGGGAAAAUCCAAAUGUUUUGUUUAUGUGGUGUCUGUUUCAGGGUGAACGGGAAGGUGUUUGCGUGCGACCUGUGCGGUCGCUCUUACAACCAGUAUGCCUCACUGUAUCGCCAUCGCCGCUACGAAUGUGGAAAGCAGCCGAUGUUCGUUUGUCCGUUCUGUCCUCAGCGGUGCAAACAGAAAGCGAAUAUCAACGCCCACAUCAGACUCAAACAUGCCGAUCAGAAGCAAAACACUGCAUAGUCUUCUGAUUAGGGUAUAUUUGGUUUCAGAUUUGGUCGGAUUAUAUUUUAUUUUCUUAUUAACUUUCUUAAAUUAAAUUGUUCUCGGGCUAUGUCAUUUAAUUUGAGGUUUCAUUAUCUCUUUGUAACCAAAAUCCAGAUUUAUUUUUUAUACAUAUAUAUAUUUGUUAUCUGUUCUAUCUACUUUUAUUAUUACUGUAUCAGAUUUGUGUUAUUCUUCUCACAUUACUGUCUAAUAACUGCAAACAUCUAGACAGGUAGUAAUACUUUUUUUUAUUACUGUUUGCUUAAUUAAGUCAUCUUGAGAAAUUUUAAACUAAGUAGAAACUAUUGUAAAAGGACUUGUAUUGUUUUUUAAUUAAUUAAUUGCCUGAUAUAAAAGGGUUCAGACAUUUUUUUAUUGUUAUGUUACAAAAAUUAUGUUUGUUAACAUAUACAUGUUGACAUAUAACAAUGGUAAAUGUCUGAAUCCUAUUGCCUGAUAUAGAUUUAUUGGAAUGAUAAUUGCAACUUAUACUAAAUAACUCCCAGACAAAAUAAAAUGUUGAUGGGUUUUUUUCAUUUCUUUAAGUGACUCCCUUUAAAGCUGUAACUUAGAUUUUUUGCCAGAAUGAAAUAAUAUAUUGUUUUUUAGUGCAUAACUUGAGCUCAAAAUAUAUUUUGAACUUGAGUGUAGAUGUUUUUUUUAUUUAUUAUCUUGUGUUAAUAUAACUUGUUAACGUUUAUGAGAACGACUUUAAAUUAAUACAUUAUACAUUUGGAAUAUUUAAUUAAAGGUGAGUAAUCCUUUAUAGUAAAAAUUGUAAUACGUAGUACAGCGUAAUACCAGCUGAAUAUUCUACUGAAUGGUUUCCUAGGGGCUAUUGAAGUUGGUUUACUCUUCUUGAAAUGUUUGUAUAAAGUAAUAGUUUGGUACUUUAACAUUCUAUCAGAAGUUUGCAUAUUUGGAAUGAAUUGGAUUAAUAUCUAUUUGCAUUUGUUUGUUGUGUGUAGUAUAAUUAAAAAGGAUUUGUAAUUAUUUUGACAAAACAUGUUAUUUGUUGAAUAAUAAUAAAAUAUUUAACAAUGUUGUGUUUA